GAGUUGGGAAGGGUCAGGGUGAGGGUCAUGGUUGGGCUGGAGGAGCUGCAGGGGCUUUUCCAACCCAGAGGAUUCUGUGAAACGCUUUGCUCAUCUUUCCCUAGACUAGUGACUGGCAGUAGUUUUGUUGUGUGGAGAGACAAUUGGGAAGGAAGUACAACUUUGGGUGGGUCAAACCCUGGCUUGAAAUCACUCACCAAGAACUGAUCUUGAAUUUGUGGCAGCCUAUCAGGUCGUAAAGGUAAAUAUCCAAGCACUGUGCCCAAAAAGAGCUGGACUUCUCCCACAUUCCUUCCUCAGAACCUAGCUUGACCCAUGUAUUAAAAGCUUUUCUGCUGAGAGGCCAUGAUUUCUAUCACGGAGAGACAGUGCUGGAAACUGAAUGAGUUUACCUGGUCUAUGCUUGUUUUGAUGUACUUGACUUUCCUCCCCCCACAGCGUUCAUCGACCUCGUUGCAGCUUUGAUGUGUGUCGUUAUGCCCGACCACGCGGACGUCAGCCUCCCGCCGGAGGAGCGAGUGCGAAGGCUGAUCCAGGUGGGAAGCGCCGUGGAAGUGAACGAGGACAUCCCGCCACGACGCUACUACCGCUCCGGGGUGGAGAUCCUCCGCAUGGCCACCAUUUACUCAGAAGAAGGCAAUAUUGAGCACGCCUUUAUUUUGUACAACAAAUAUAUCACGCUCUUCAUUGAGAAGCUGCCGCAGCACCGUGAUUACAAAAGUGCCGUCAUACCCGAAAAGAGGGAGACAGUGAAAAAACUGAAAGAAGUAGCCUUCCCCAGAGCUGAAGAGCUCAAGGCGGAGCUAUUAAAGAGGUACGCCAAGGACUAUGCUAAGUACGAGGAGCAGAAGAAGGAGAAGGAAGAGGAAUUUGCACGCAAUUUGGCUUUGCAGCAGCAGCUGGAAGAGGAGAAAAAUCGGGUAGCCCUGAUGAAGCAGCAGCAGGCAGAGCAAGAGCAGUUUCAUGCCUUCGAGGAGAUGAUUCGACGACAGGAGCUGGAGAAGGAACGUCUAAGGAUAGUGCAGGAAUUUGGGAAGCCAGAGCCAAGUCCUGAGUCUCUGGACGGACCCCUCAUUCCUGGCGUGGAAAAGCCCCCGACUGAUGUAAUCCCAAAGGUUCCUGUCUCUCCAGUUCACCCUGCGAGUCCGUCAGCGGGGACUGUCUCAUCCAAACCUCCUGCUGUGGACAGAUCUUUGAAACCUAGUGCUUUGGGGAGCACAGAAAACAAUGCCAGCAUGGAUGUCCUUCGCCAGGUCAUCGUCCCUCGGGAGCUCUGCCAGAAGUUCCUCCAGCUGGCUGAUGCCAACACGGUCCGGGGUGUGGAGACCUGUGGGAUCCUCUGCGGUAAGCUGAUGAGGAACGAGUUCACGAUAACCCACGUCAUCGUUCCCAAGCAGUACGGAGGCCCCGAUUAUUGCAACACGGAGAAUGAGGAGGAGCUCUUCAUGAUCCAGGAUCAGCACAGCCUUGUUACGCUAGGCUGGAUCCAUGUGAGUCCCGUUCCUGUUUUACUUCCUGACUGGCCUGGCAUUCAGCCAGGAGGCAAAGCGGGGUGUGGGGCAGAGCUGGCUGAGGAGAAUUUACUGCAGGAGAUGGGAUGGAGCAGGCAGCAUCCUCUGCUUGGAUUUCACCCUCAGGAGACUGGUCUGCAGCCACAGGGUUGGGCAGAGGAGUGUCCCAGGCAGAGGAGCAUCCCACAGCAGGCAUCUCUGCUCGUGCUUGAGAUGAGUGGACCCAGGCGUGCUCCUGGAGACACAGAAGGAGGUGCUUCUGUUUGCAGAAGCUUGAGCUACACAGAGCUUGUGUUUGUCUGCUCUAGGACGGGGUUUUUCAAGCUGACAGAGCAUGGCCUGGAGGAGAUCUCUUCCUGCCGGCAGAAAGGAUUCCACCCGCACUCCAAAGACCCCCCUCUCUUCACUACCUGCAAUCAUGUGUCGGUAGUCGAGAGAGACGUGGUCCUGAUGGAUCUCCGAUAGGCCUCUUGCCUUACCCACUUACAGAAAACCAUCUACCUUCUAGGCCUAGGGAAUUUAUUUUUUUCCCCCUGUAGCAGAUGAUUUUCACCGUGUAGUGAUCCUUCCCCUUCCUCUCCCAGUAAUCACGGUGAAAUCGGUUACUCUGACCUCAGCCGGAGCACGUGAAACCUCAGUGCCUGGCACGAGGCUGGCGAAGUGGUGCUGAGGUUCGGGGUGUGGGGAAAAGCUAACUGGAAGUUCAAAGACAGAAGCUAACACUGAAACAAUUGUUUAAUACUCUAAUCUAUGGCUUGAACAGCUCCUUGGGGAAGUUCCCUGUGAUUUGCUGCAACCAUGAGGUGUGGAAACCUCUUCAAGUGCUUUCCAAAGUGGGACUGGCCCAAAUUAACCCGUGCUUUGUUUUGCCUCUCUCUCUGGGUUGCUGUGGUCUCAGUGCAGCUGGCUGGAGUAGAUAAGUCUUUGCUGUAGUUUAAGCUUCAACCUUCCUCACCCCUCUCACCCCCUGCAAGAUCUGAUUGCUGCUGAGCCGGAGCGAGUCCUGCGUCUGGUACUCGGGUCUCUGCCUGCUGAGGUAUGGAGGGGCCCAGCCUCCUCUGGGAACCCCUGGCUCGGUGUUUCCGGGCAGGAGGUGCCUGCGUGCGGCACUGCUUUGCACAAGCUGCUCCAUUCCAGCAGGGAUGAGGGGUCUCUGGUUGCUUUAUUCCUUUCCCUGGAUGGGGGAUUUGCUCUGGCCCUCGGGCUGCCCGGCGAGGGCUUGUGCUCGCCUCGUUGCUGUGGAGGAGGCUCUCGGUCUCUUGGCUGCAGCACUGGUCUGUGAAGGCUCUGCGAGGCCAUCGCCGCUCUCAGACAGGACUCCAGCAGCUUUGGCUUCUUCGAUCCUCGGAGACCACCGUGCCCAACUGCCUCUGUGCUUUUCUCCAAGCAGUAUGGAGCCUGUCCUUGCCAAAAGCCAAGCGCUCCGUGACGUCGCUGUUCUGCGGUCCCUCAGCCGGGGACCUCCUCCCAGUGACAUCCAGUCAGAUGCCAAGCAGCAAUUUCCCUUCCCUGCGCUCUCCGUGCUGAGCCUCCGCCCUCGCUUCUGCCGGCGUUGAAAGGGAAGGAGCAGUGUUGAAAGGUGGAAGGCAUCUGGCCUCAAAGGGCCGAGCGUGAUCCACGGCAUCUCCACAUCCUCUGGCAGGAUGCUCUGACGAUCAGCACAUGGCCGUGCGGGGAGGGGCAGGCGGCUGGAGUUGCCUUCCCACCUGGCGUGCAUACACGCGUGUUCUCUGUCGUGUCCUUGUACUUCUACAUACAGAAUUCCUUGGUGUUCGGUUUUAACACAGAUGGAUUCUGUUAUCUUG